GCCCACAGGCACGAGAAGCUAACGCUAACGCCCGCCGCCGGUUCGUUGAAGAAGACCAGGACGAGAAGCGAUCGAACAUCGGAGUAAGGCGAAAGGCACGGCGAGUCGACGACGACGCCAUGAGCUACCAGAAGGUCCCGGAGUCCUACCCGCCGCCAGGGUACUCGCAGCCGUACCCGCCGCCGGGCAGUCAGUAUCCGCCUCCCCAGGCUUCACCGCAGGGGCCUUACUACCCGCCGCCGCAGCAUCCACCUCCGGGGUACCAGGGCUACUUCAACGACGGGCAGCAGCCCUACGGAUAUCCGCCACCGCAUGGUGGACAUCAUCACCACGGCCACCACCAUCACUACGAUGACCACCACCAUCACCAUGGUCACCACCAUCACCACGAGGAGGAUGACUGCUGCCUCGGCUUCCUGAAAGGAUGGUUGGCCGCUCUUUGCUGCUGCUGCAUACUGGACGAAUGCUGCGGCUGCUGUUUCUGACAUAUGUGCCUCUGAAGCCCUCCUUGUGUCUGGCAUCCUGCGACAGCAAAAUUUAUCUCUGUAUUUAACUUGCUAUGAUUGUUGGACAGUAAAAAGUGAAUCUUGGCUGUGUUACUCUUCGUAAAUAAGUUGAUUCUCUAUUUGUGUUAUGGUAAUAAAAAGGUAUUCAUACAAA